CAAGAAUCCUGAAUUCAUUUGCAAGAAAAUCGAGCGACACCACUGCAGAAGUAGAAGCCUGCUCGCAAUUCCAGUUCCGAUGGAGGUGCUCUCUCCAUCAGCCACGGUUAGCACAUCCCACCAUUUCUCAUUUCCGCCCCACAAACCCCACUUCAAAUCCUCCGCCAUAAACAUCAAAUUCCUUCCAUCGCCAAGUAAGAACAACAAAUUCUCACUUCCUUCUACUUCUCAUCUAUACUCCACUGCUUCGCCUCGCCGUUAUGCUACAGUAAAUUUAGCUUCGACAUCCUCAACUUCUACUUCCACUGUCUGGUCUCCGGCCGCCGGCGAGAACCGCCAUUGGAUGGUGCUCAUGGAGGCACCCCCGCGGGGGGUAACUUCAAAACCAGAAGUCGUUGAUUACUACGUCAAAGCGUUGGAAAGAGUUUUGGGCAGCGAGAGGGAUGCUCAGAUGUGUAUUUAUGAUGCUUCCUGGGAUAGUGCCCAAUUUGGGUUUUGCUGUUACAUCGAUGAGCAAACUUCCAUUGAACUCGCCAGAGUUCCAGGGGUAAUAUCUAUUAAGCCAGAUCCAAAUGUCAGCUCCAUAGAGGAUUAUGGUUCUUCAACACCUCGGCCAAAUCCGCAAAAUGGCGGUAGGCUCUUGUUCCCUUCUGGGAGUACCAAGCAUUGGCUUGUUAGAAUAGACAAGCCAGGUAUUGGGGUGGUCACCAAGGCACAAAUGGUUGAUUAUUAUGUUGAGAUAUUGACCAAAGUUCUGGGGAAUGACAAGGAUGCACAAAUGUGUAUAUAUCAUGUUUCCUGGCAGUCUAGCCUUGGAUUUUGUUGCGAAUUGGAUGAGGAAUGUGCACGAGAACUAGCCGGUAUUCCUGGUGUUUUAUCGGUUCAGCAAGACGAAAACUUUGAGGCAGAGAAUAAGAAGUAUGGAGGUGGUAAUGCCAAGAAUCCUUUGGAUCUACCAGAUUCUUCAGAAGAUCAAAGAACUCCUGUGAAAACAAAGAAACUAUUUAUAACUGGUCUUUCAUUUUAUACGUCGGAGAAAACUUUACGUGCAGCAUUCGAAGGGUUUGGCGAGCUCGUGGAAGUUAAAAUAAUAAUGGACAAGAUUUCCAAAAGGUCCAAGGGAUAUGCCUUCAUAGAGUAUACAACAGUGGAGGCUGCUGGUGUUGCACUUAAAGAGAUGAAUGGCAAGAUCAUCAAUGGUUGGAUGAUAGUUGUCGACGUUGCCAAGCCUAGCCCUCGGAGAUACGGUGGGAACCAUGCCAGAUCAUCGGUCUAGAUCGAGCGCACGUUUGAAUACUUUGACAUAAUUUUGAAUGGUUAGUUAUGGUUGAACCUAGAGGGCUAGUCAAUCUGAUGCAUGAAAAAUAGAAGUUGUCCUUUCUUAGUUCAACACGGCGGGUGAAGAUUUGAAUCUCUUUGAAUCUCUGACCAAUCAAUGAUGUAUGAAUUGAGUUAUGCACAGGUUUAACAUAAAAUUUGUCCUAAUAAACCAGCCACGAAAGAAGCACUUG